GAGUUAACGGAACUGUGUCCCGAAAAAUACUUGCGGAUUGCCGAUGGAUGGGACAUGGCAGCGCGGCCGGUACGCAUGAACUCACCAGAGGCCAAGCCAUGCUGGAUCGUCUAUCCUUCACAGAUGAAAGAUCCCGAAAAUCCCAAAAGGAAAUCUCUAGAAAGUCCGCUACACUUCCACGAGCCACUCUUUGCUUUUGUUCAGUACUUCAAAUUGCUAUAUAGGACCCUACCCCUUCCUGCUCCUCUUCGAUCGUCUUCCUCAACCACUCUGCACUCCAGCUUAGGACCCAGCGAUGGCGGAUGGCUUCCUCAGUCACCCAUUUCGGCGCCUCUUCUGGAGCCCCACCCUCUUGGGAGUUCCCUACUACCAGUCUGCCCUCGCCGAUUGGUUCGAGACACCGACUGUCCAUAUCCUCAAAAUCAACGUUCCAGGGUGUCACAAGGACGAUAUAAAGAUUCAAUUGGAAGAGGGAAACGUCCUCCAAGUGAGCGGAAAGGCGGCGAAGCCGGAUGCGCCGGAGAAUGCCGUUUGGCACGUUAACGAGCGGAGCGGAGGCCAAUUCUCACGCGAAUUCGUCUUGCCGGACAAUGCGAAGGUUGAUCAGAUCAAAGCUCAGUUUGAGAAUGGAGUGUUGACGGUCACCGUGCCGAAGGAAACGGUCACGAAGCCAAAGACAAGGAGCAUCAGCAUCUCUAGUAAGCUCUGAUAAGAGGAUUUGGGGUGCUUCGUCGAUAGCCUGAAUUGCGCCACCCGAAUAAACGCUAUGUGGGUUUAUAGUAUUCUUGCAAAAGCGUUAAGGGUAAAUAGAAGUUGCCAGUGCAUGGGGGAUUUGCAGAAGAUGCACGUCUAAUCUGAGUAACUUGCUUUAAUAAAAACAAUAAAUUGCAGAUGCUCACAAAAAUGGGGUGAUGAUGGAGAGUUCUAAUUUGUGCAUUUAUCUAGAUUGUGGACGUUUUAUUUGUCUCCAUUUCUAUGCUCCUCAUAACUUCUCGGAA